UUCAGAGUAGUCUUAUAUUAUAUGAUUAUGUAUCUAUUUUUUUUCCAACUAUAAAUUAAUUUACCUGGAACAUUGAUGCAUUUACUGCGGAACCGGAAGUCAUUCCAACGCGCGCGAUGUAAAAGUGAAGGUGUCAAAUGGAACAAGAUGUAUAGAAGGCCGAGUGUCAAUAUCUACGUUAGAAACAAAGCGCGGUACAACCCUUCAACUGAAGGCAAAGAUUUCGUCUGCGUGAAUAUCACAGACUUUGCUGGAACUACGAUCGGCGACAUCAAAGAGGAGGUGAAGAGGAGAUGUCGAAAUACACUUAAGAUUGAUGAUUUGUUUUUGGAUAACAGGCCAUUGGAUGAUGAUAGGUCAGUUGCCCAUUUUAACCUGGAGGAUGGGACAAUUCUGGAGACAACAUCAAACCCCUUCUGGGUGACUUGUAUCAACAUCAAACACAUUGAAGUAGAGAGAGAACAGAAGGCGCAGCCGAAUGACAAACACACACAGAACUGGACCCGCAAAUCUAUCAUCCGUAAACGCACCCUGCUGUCCGUCCUCCUCAAUUCUAAAAAUGAGUUUCCAAGCCAACCUCCUCACUUUCCGACCCUGGAAGACUUCAAUGCUUACCUGGAGGUCAUCGAGAAAAAGGGAGCCACCAUGAAUCCUAAUUACACUGGAAGGGACCUGCGACUUCUACAGCAUGACUACCGCAACAAUGACGAGGGAAAGUCGGAUGAUCCAUUAGGGUCAUUUAUACAUCGACACUCUGUACGUCUAGGGUUCAGACGACCAGAUCCUGUCCUGUAUAACAACAGAGUAGGUUUAGAGGACUUACCUGGAGGUGGGCGGGGCAGGGGGCGUGGUCGACGGAGGGACAACAACAAUAAUACCGGACCAGCACCACGAAUACCAGGCUGGACCAGCCCCACGCAACCAGGCCAGACCAGCACCACGAAACCAGGCCAGAAAAAGAGUAUGAAAAUUAUGCGUCGUGUGUGUGAGGACUGUGAAGCAGCCGAAGCUGAGGUAUACUGUGGUGAAUGUCAGAACGCUUCAGGGGGACUUGGUCUGGUGCUGUGUAGGGGAUGUACCACUGCUCUACACAUGGGUGCUGUGAGACGCCGACAUGUUGUUACAGAUAUUGAUCAAGCUCCAAAACAAAUAAACCGUACACUCCACACCCCAUUUCAGGCAUUCAAGGCUCCAUUUUCUUUACUGGUGGCACUUUACAGUGGGUUCACGUCUAGACCACCUGUACUGAGUAUGACAGAGGAUGAAGUGAAGGAUAGAGCCCAGCCCCUCACCGACACAGACUUACACGACAAACAAAACGGUCGCUAUGUUGGUGGGUUUGAAUGUAUGGAGAAUACCUUGAUGCAGAAGGGUUUUGUCCAGAGAGAAGAUGCCAGGAACCCUACGUAUGCUCUUACACACAAGGGACAGAACCUGGCAGAGCAACUUUUCAGUUUUCAGCAGAUUGUGUCCCGUUACCUUGCUUCCCAGGGAGUUCCGAAGAUUGAUAUCCCGCUCAGACUCCGCACAACAUGUGGAAGGAGAAAAAUCUGUUUGAUUAUUGACGAACAAGAGCGUGACCGUGAGCGACUGCUACAUUUGGCUGCUGAAAGGAACAUAGAUGCGCAGGUGCGACAGUUACCUUCUGGUGACUAUAUCUGGAUACUGACUCCGCCCCUCAACGACACCCGACAGAAAUACUCACAGAAAAAUACAGAUGAGGAACUGGUGUUACCCUAUAUUGUUGAGAGGAAGACUUGGGAAGAUCUCCAGGAGAGUAUUCGCACCAAGCGCUUUGACAAACAAGUCAACAACAUGAUGGAGAGCGGUUUGAAGAACUUGUUUUAUCUGAUGGAGGGAUCGGUUGGCUGUAUGAAGUACAAAAUGACGGAGGAACAGCGUACUAAACUCAAGGGGGCAGUGGAGAAGUUGAUGCUGCAGAAUGGAUUCUAUGUGAACUACACGGCAUCCUGGUUCAAGUCUGCCCUUUGGCUGGUUUGGAUGACAAGUCUGUUGACAUUGAACUUCUCACAAGGCAAGUUGGAUGACCACUGUUUGCCUUAUUUAGAAUAUCGUAGAAGAACUUCCAGACAUGCAGUUGGUACAGUCGUCAUGGCUACAGAUACCAGGAAGGGACAGCAUGUUGUGUGGUCUGCUGACCGAUUUACAGAACUUAUAUUUAGGGAGAGUGCAGACAAAGGGGAGGUAAUACAGGAACUGAAACAUGACAUACAUCAGAGUAGUCCUGAGAAGGUGAAAUCUGUCCUUGUGGUACAGAACCUGGAGAUUUACAACAAGAGACGACAGACGACUCUAAACAAAUGCUUGGAGGAAGUAUUCGGGGAUCUCCAACAUAUGGCUGAUGGUGUAGAGAACAAGUUACAAUCAUGCCUACAUAACAUGUUACAUUAUGACAUCAUGUCCUACUGGCAGCUCCGACUACAGGUGAUGGCCAACGUCUAUGUGGUGAGAACGGAGAAUGAAAAUGAGACUCAGAGAAUUCAACAGGAAGUGGAGGAGUCGGGGAACCCCGCUAGACAAGGAAGAAUGUCAGACUUUCAUACUUUUGGAACAGGAGAACUAGGGAGGAAUGCAGGAAGGAUGGGAUCAGAAGGGCAUGAUGGUAUCAGAGGAGAGGAAUUAACUCAUGAAAAGGAUGGACAGAGGACAAGAAGAAAGGGGAAAGGCAUUGGACAACGUGGAAAAGGGAAGGCUCAAAACAUCCCAGUAGAACCUGAUCGCCUUACAGAUGAAAAUGAGAUUGCUGAUACAGACCAGACAGUGUUUGCCUCUGAUUCUCAGACAGAGGACUUCAUGAUACAACAGGCAAUCGCUCGUAGUAUUCAGGAUAGAAGUAUGAAUGAAGGCAGCGACGAGUCGGACGGGGACAGCACAUCACAUUACAGUACCAGGGUAACACCCCACCACAGAGGGGAAAAUAGAGGUCGAAGAAGAGGUCAAGGUUCAAAUACAGAUGACCUAGGUCAAACCAAGACAACUUUCCCUGGCAGUGGUAAACAGCUUGGCUACAAUGAUGCAAGAAAUGAUGGCAUUCUGGGUCAGAGGUCAACUGAUUCUACCAAUCAGAAGGCAAGGGAUGCUUUGGAUAUUGAUAUUUUGGACGAAGAAGAGCAGUUACGAUUGGCAAUAAAGAAAAGUCUGGAGGAAGCCGAGCAACAGAAGGAGGAGAACAAACUUCCCUAUCCCUGUCAAACAUCCCAGGUUAAAUGUCUGAACUCUUCAUCUAUCAACAGGAAAGAUUCAGGUCACAGUGAUGGUGAAAAUUCGUCGUUACAUCACCAUUUAUCAGAGGACAAAGAAGCUACAAAGCAACAAAGAUUAAUAAGAAUAGGUAAAGUUCAGUAUAGUACAAGGUCACAGGACAAAAUGGAAAAUGGUGAAGAUGAAAGUUCAAGGACAGAGGAUACUGCUAAUCACCCGGUCGAUUCGAUGACAGGAGAUAGCCAGGAUGAGGAACUACAGAGAAUCAUACUGCUGAGUAAACAGGAAUACGAGGGUACCCUGGUAACUCCACUGACAGCUGGUCCACCUGACUCCAGAGACUACCCAGUCAUCAUGAUUGACUCGCAAGAGCUGGAAUUUAGUGACCAGCCAGAAAAAGAUCGCAGCCCAUCAGAGGAUCAAAACCGCACUGACCUUGGUCCAGUCUGUAGUGGAAGUGUCCAGAGUCCAAUCAUACUGAUCGACUCCCAGGACUCUCCAGAUUCCCAGGUAGACGAGGAUGAUUUAAACCAGAGUAAUUGUGUCAAAUGUAGGAAAAUGUAUAAAGACUUCAGGUGUCACAAGACCUCCAACAAGGUUAAAGAGAGAAGAGUCGGUGACGAAGUGGAUGGUUGUAGGAGUGAGACUGGCGGUACAACAGGAUGUGAUGUGGUGUGUGAUACCGUAGAUACACCACACCAAAAUGUGAAGGCUCUCUCUGCCAAUGUAGACUCUCUCACAGAAUCUCUGGUACCGUUAAAUGGUACUACAGUGUCAGAAACAAGUGGUUCUGGUGACAAAACUUCCUCUUCAGACUCUGGAAAUGUGACAGAGAAUGACAGAAAGUUAGACGAGACAAACAUGUCACCAACAGAAAUUACCAAUGCUGAAAGUGUUAGUGAACUGAGGAAUAAUAUUCUAGUAUCUCAAAGCCCUACACCAACAAACAAAACAGAAGCGCUUGGUGGCAUUAGUCAGACUUCUGUAAAGGAAAGACAACCAUCACUUGAUGAGAGUCCGACUUUGGCUGAGGACAUUUCUACUGUGAAUGAUAUGUGUCAGAGUAAGAUGGACAGCAGUAAAGAGAGUUGUGAUGACAGUAAUAUGUACAAGAAAGCUGAAAUCCUUCCUAAACAAGCCAGUGUAGAUGUGUGUGGUCGAGCUCAUUCACUAUUCACUAGGGACAUAGAUACGUUGGAUGAGAACCAAACUGAGAUUUCUAACAAUAUCCUGGCUCAGGAUACCCAGGAAGAUGAGGACAAUCUAGAGACUCUAACAGAAGAUGAUGACAUAGAAGUUAUCCCACCAUCUCCAGAGAAAAACUGUGAAAAAGUCAGAAGUUUCUAUAAAACUGGUAACCUACAUGUAUCUCCCGGGUCUAGGUGUAAAGUGACGAGGGAAUCUCCAGGUGUUGGUCAUUUCACUAAGGAACAAUCCUAUUCUGUGAGUAAAAUUUCCAGCAGCAAUUCUUCAGCAGAAGGUUCUCCAUCAAACCUUUUAUCAUCAAAUGUCCUUGCAAAGUGUCCUAGUCAAACAGAUUGUGAAGAUGGCGUAGUGUCAUCACACCAACAGCUUGUGUCAUUAGAGACUGUCAUGUUCAAUACUUUAAAGUUUAGUCAUUAUGAGGACAGCAAAGCGGAAGAGUUAAAGUCUAGUCAUUAUGAGGACAGCAAAGCGGAAGAGUUAAAGUCUAGUCAUUAUGAGGACAGCAAAGCGGAAGAGUCGCAAUCUAUUUUGUGUGGUCUGGAGACCAAAAGUCACCUGUCACUGAACAGUCACACUAAUUGGCAGGAUGAGGAUGGUAGAACGGAUGAGGAGGAUUCUCAGGACCUUUGUAAUAUUGGUGUGCUACCUCCCCUGUCUCCGUCUCCUUCUACUGAUCAUAUAACUUCCCCAUCCUCAGAGAAAACUCCCCAUUUAGGAAAUAAAUCUCCAUCAACAUCUCAAAAGUCAACAACUUUUUCAUAUGGAAACAGUGCUUUACAUUCAACAAAAAUAAGUCCAUCUCUUUCAUCAAAAAGCCUGUCACCUCCACCAAAAUCUCCUUCCCCUGUUCGUGGUAAUAGUUCUCUUGUACUAGAUAAUGGUGUUCUCCUGAGGAGUCCUUCUCCUCCUCUAAGUCCUUCUUCUCUCCCUAAUCUUUCUCCUCCUCUAAGUCCUUCUUCCCUCCCUAAUCUUUCUCCUCUUCAUGGGGAAAGUUUAUCACCACCUCAAGGUUCCUUUCCAAAUCAGGACACUCCACUGAGAGUUGCAUCAGAAAUCUCAUCCUGUUCUCCCAGAAAUCCAUAUGUGGAUACGUCGCCGAAACAGAGCUCAAAUAAUAAAGUUGUCCACUCUCCAGCAAAGAGACUUUGUACUAGUUCAAUCUUUAACACAGAAUCAAAUUACUCAAGUUCUGUUGGAAGGAGUGAUGAUGUUGGUGUGGAUAAUUUGUCUUCAGAACUUCAUACAAAUACAAAUCAAGUGAGAGGAUUGGGCCCAACAGAUGGAGGCAAGGAAAUCAUUAUCAAACAAGAAAAACUGGACGAAUGUGAAAAAUACAGUGAUCAGGGAUUUAAAGAAAGUGUGACAACUGGUCCUAGUUAUAGAUUUAAAAAUCAAGUAUCAGAACAAUGCUUUAAAGGAGGUGUUGAUGAUGAAGAGGUUGCACGCAAGCUGCAAGAAUUAUUUGAUAAAGAAUAUGAAAUGACAUUGUCACAGAGAAAAAAGUUAGAAAAACAGCAAGCAUGCCGCUCAGGUUCAGCAAAAUGGCAAGCAUGCCACUCGGAUAAACCACAGGUCUCAAGGGAGAGAAAAAGUAGUGUCAAAAAUGUAGAGGGGAUAGAUACAACCAAUGAUGUUGUUAUAGCACAACAGCUACAACAGGAACUACUAAUGGGAGAUAACUCUGCUGUAAGGUCAACCCUCCAAGUUAACAGGUAUUUGGAGGAAAGAGACAGACUUUAUGCUGAACAACUACAACAGAUGGAGUCGGGUAAGGGUCAACCGAGAAAACAGAACAGCACAACGUUAACAGGGGCAGACCACUCUGAGGUACACGAUAGUCUUCUCGCUAGACAACUACAGGAGGAAGAGGAGAAGAAAAUCAGACAAGGGCAGACAACCCUGAAGGACGAUGAAGCGCUAGCCAGGCAGUUGGCAGAAACAGAGGAACGGCCAAUACCAGUUAUCCCUAGAACAGUUCAGAAGAGACAUGCAGAUUCUAGUCCAGAUCUCUCUAGUCCUAAGCAUGUGAGGCGGGAUGUCGGACAGGGAGCCAGUCCAGCAAGGGCCUCCUCUAGUGUGGGCGGGCCUACAUCAGCUGGAACUUCUGUAGAGAGGGUGUGGCAUAGGAAAUUGUUUGCCAUGGAGAAGCAGGCUAGGAAGUCUUCCUCUGAGCAGCUGUGUUCCAUCAGGAGAGAACAGAAUCAACGUUACCAGGCGUUACAGAGUGGAGGGCAGGCUGCUAACAUCUCACGUAACAUCACGCACACAGCCUCAUCACCCUGGCAACACCCCCACACUAACACUUCCUCCUCAGGGGAGGAAGAAUCCCAGUAUGUUGGACUUGAUGAUGAUGGUUACAUCACAAGUUCUCCACCUCGUCGUCAACCAGGCCACGUCUUCCUGCCUCGUGGUCAUACUCCAAGUCAUUUCAAGUCUAACAACACAGACUUUGGAAGUGUGUCCUCCAACCCAUCAUCCAAGUCAUCAGCAUCUCGAAACCUAGCUGACAGGUCAUCCGGAUUUCAAGACCACAAAUCAUCAUUUCCAUCGACCCAAUCAUCCUCCUCGAGUGCCUGGGAUGAUAUCAUCCCAAGACAAGUAAACUGGAAUGACUCCCAGGAUUUUAAAUCCUCACAAGCUUCAUCAUCCAUCUCAUCUACGCAGUCCUCAUUGUUCUGUAACGUUACAUGUGGUAACUGUGGAGAAAAGGGACAUAACAGAAACAGUAAAACCUGUUCUCGGUACUACAGCCUGGAGGAAACACAGCAUAGACAGGCUAAACAGGAGAAGGCACGUCAGAGGACGGAGGAGAAAGCUGAACAAGAGCGUCAGACACGCGAACAACUUGCAAACCACCAGUUGGUGCUGGAGGACAUCGCAUUUCGUAUACAGCAGGAAAAAGAUGGCCUCUCCAAUACAAUCAAGAAAAUGGACAAGAAGACAAAACAGAAGGAUAAGCGAAAAAAAUAGACAAAUUCUGUUUGUAGUUCUGGCUACAUCCAUAUUGAUAGAACGGUGAAGAUUUUAACAUUUCCUGACUUAAUGUAUUAUCAGAGCCUGAGGUAGCACACCACGGUAGGAUCUACCCUGGCCACGGGGGAUAUUUUCAUACAAUAUGUAACCUCUUCAUUAAAACCAAUAAAAAUAUUUAUGUUUUGGUAUUUUUCCAGGAUUGUCUAAGAUAUGAGCUUCAAUUGCAUUAAAACCAAAGUUUACUUGAAAUGCCAAAACACAAACGUUGAAAAGAAAGCUUAGUACAGGUAGUACACCCCUCGUCUGUCUAUAAACUCAGUAUAUAUUAUUUAGAGAUGAAGCGUGUAACAGUGAUACAUGAUGUACCUGUAUUUUAACAGGUGCCAAUUCGAUGUCUGAUCUCUCAAUUAAAACUGUGCUCUGUUGGGGGGUUUCUCUCCGAAUUGUACAGAGCAUUUGUUACUGUCUGUACUAACUUAGUGUGAUUGGUUGUAAUUUGUAUCGAGAAAAUGCAUUUUGUGUUUGGGUAUCAUGAUUGUCAUAUGAGUAUCUGUUUACUUCCAAAUACAGUGUUUUGCUGACUUGACAUGCCAAGUAAGCAGAUCAAUGCAGUGCAUAUAUCAGAGAAAAAAAAACAACUUUUUGUUUUAUUAUUUGAACUUUACAAAUUUAGCAUUAAUGCAAAGCUCAUAACUUAGGUAGUCCAGGAAAUAUAGAAAUGAUUAAAUCCCCUUACAGGAACAAAAAUUGAGGAUGAAUGUAAAUCAAUCGAGAGUUAUAAAAUCUACACUGGUACAAUGUACAGAUAUGUUAAAGUGAACAGAGUGAGUCAUGUUCUUCAGAAUAUUGAAUUUAUUGGUUUAUGAGUUUAGACUUCAGGACAGUACAAUCGUGAUAUAGUUUUGUAUACCUUUUUUACAGCAUUGUUUAACAAUAAUUUUCCUCCUUUGUUGAAUGAAAUAUAAACCACUAUUUUAGAUACCUUUCAUACGUACAGUAUCAAUAUAAACCACUAUUUUAGAUACCCUUCAUACGUACAGUAUCAAUAUAAACCACUAUUUUAGAUACCCUUCAUACGUACAGUAUCAAUAUAAACCACUAUUUUAGAUACCUUUCAUACGUACAGUAUCAAUAUAAACCACUAUUUUAGAUACCUUUCAUACGUACAGUAUCAAUAUCUAUACUUGUACACAGCAAUUUUGACAAAUAUUUGGCUGUCUUUCGGUGAGAGUCCUGGGUAUACACUAAGGUCAAAAGUUAUACUCCUCCUCUGUUCAGGAGUAAGGCCGGUUCCUGCAUGACUUCACAUACAUGGUUAGUUUCUUUGUGAAGUGAAGUUCAUCAACAAUUAUUAUAAUAUACCACUGAGAUGACGAAGAUGAAAAGGACGUAUUCAUCAUGGAAGUGCAGAAAAGAAAUAAAGUUAUUUUUAUUUUAAAAAGCAUUGACAGUUUAUUUUAUUUCUGAAUAUGAAAUUUAUUUGUUCUACAUGUUAAACAUACAGGGCACAUUUUAACUUAAUAUAAACAUCUCUUAACUGAGGCAAACUUGCUUUUAGUAUAAAAAAUUGGUUUAUAUGGUUAGUUUCUGAAAAUUUAUUAUAAAUAAGUUUAGCUUAGUUAUUAUGGAAAGGUCUAUGACUAAAUCCAUGGUAAAAUAGCAACCACGAAUAUCUAGAUAAUAUUACAUGUAUAUAUAAUAUUACCAUGGAUAUUCGUGGUUGCUAUAAUAUUACAAUGGAUCUUUGUGUUUGCUAUGUUACAAUGAAUAUUUAUGACUGCUAUAUAAUAUUACCAUGGAUAUUUGUGGUUGCUAUGUUACAAUAUCAUAGCAACCACAAAUAACCAUGGUAAAUUACAAUCAUAAGAUUGAUGUUUUAUUUUGUUCAGUACCAGAUGGAAGUUAUCUUGGUCAUGUAAAUUCCUUUUAUCAUUUUUGGAUGUUCUGAUUUGUCUUGUGUGCAUGCUUUAUCUAUGUAGGUUUAUUAGUUUUAGUGCCAAAUACUGUUACUAAAUAAUUCAAAAAGCACUUCCUUUCUUUUUUUUGUUUACAUAUUUUAAUUAGAUACCCAAGAAUGAUGUCAUUGUGUUUUUAGUUGCCGCAGGUAGCUUUAGUAGAUCUUUGUGUUGAGUUGUAUUGGUAGAUCUGCUGUAUAGAAAUUAGGUAUGACUUAUGUUUGUGUUAUUUUGUUUUACAACAUUCAGUUACAUUUGUAUUCCUGGUAAUUCCAGGAUCAAGAAACAAACUUUUCAAAAAAUAUCUGAAGUUUUACAGAUUACAUCAUGAAAAGUAACACAAACUGAUUGGCUUUAAGCAAAUAAUGAAGUUUAAAAUUGUUUCAUGUUGUAUAGGUGUUCACACCAAUUAUACAUUUAAACACCAAUAAAUUGUUUUCUCUCUGGUAAUGUAUCCAUAGAAAUAGUGAUGUCUCCAUAGAAAUAGUAAUGAAAUACUGAUGUAUCCAUGGAAAUAGUACCGUAAUGUCUUCAU